AAAUUCGGCUUAAGCCAUUGUCGACAGUCGACACUGAUUUGCUGCUUUGCAGUUUGCGAAAUAGAAUUACAUUUCUGUAUUGUUUUUGAAUAACAUCUAGGAAUGGACCGUAAGAAUAUUGGAGAAGGAAAGGUAGUAUGUGUAACAGGGGCAUCUGGUUUUAUAGCUUCAUGGCUGGUCAAGUUGUUGCUACAACGUGGAUACACUGUCAACGCCACUGUUCGCAAUCUCAAGGAUACAAGUAAAGUAGAUCACUUGCUAGGCCUUGAUGGAGCUAAUGAGAGGCUGCAUCUAUUCGAAGCAGAGUUACUUAAAGAGCAAUCGUUUGAUCUUGCCGUUGAUGGUUGUGAAGGUGUCUUUCAUACAGCUUCACCUGUUUUUCUCACAGGGAAAUCUAAGGAGGAACUUGUGGAUCCUGCUGUGAAAGGAACGUUAAAUGUCCUUCGGUCAUGUGCCAAAUCACCAUCUGUCAGAAGAGUGGUGAUAACUUCUUCUACUUCUUCUGUUAUAUUUAAUAAAAAUAUGUCAACCCCUGGAGCUGUGGCUGAUGAAACUUGGUAUUCAGAUCCAGAAUUCUGCGAGGAAAGAAAGGAAUGGUAUCAACUCUCCAAAACCCUGGCUGAGCAGGCUGCUUGGAAAUUUGCAAAAGAGAAUGGGAUUGACUUGGUAACACUCCAUCCAGGUCUAGUCAUUGGUCCACUUCUGCAGCCUACACUCAAUUUCUCUUGCGAGGCUAUAGUGAACUUCAUACAAGAAGGAAAAGAGGCAUGGUCUGGUGCAAUAUAUAGAUUUGUUGAUGUUAGGGAUGUUGCUAAUGCACAUAUUCUAGCCUUUGAGGUUCCUUCAGCAAAUGGAAGAUAUUGUUUAGUUGGGGCAAACGGAUACUCUUCUUUGGUUUUGAAGAUUGUUCAAAAGCUUUACCCUUCCAUCACUCUCCCUAAGAAUUUCAAAGAAGGAUUGCCUCUUACCCACUUGCAAGUAUCGAGUGAAAAAGCAAAAAGUUUAGGAAUCAAAUUCACAUGUCUUGAGUUGAGCGUGAAGGAUACUGUUGAAAGCUUGAUGGAAAAGAACUUCCUCCACAUUUAAACAACAUUCAGUUGGUGGAAACGGAAUACACUGGGCCUAAGCUACAGUCUGCCUGCUCGCCUACACCCUGCAUUUGUGGGUGAAAAAUACACUUAAUAAUUUAUACACAGAUAAUGUAAUCUUUUUUUCUAAAUAAGUAACAAACACUGAAUACAUAGAUAAUGUAAUUCAUUACAGGUUGGUUUUGUACUAGUAAACGUUAACUAUUUUCAGGUCUUGAUUGACCCUUUAUUUUCGAGCUAUUUUUCUUAGGAUUCAACCCUUGUUUUGUGUGUGAAAAGGUAAUUAACUAUUAACUGUUCUUGUGAUCAAAUAGAUGUGUCACAUCACUUGUCUAUGACCAAAUGGUGAUGUCUAAGUUGAGACAGCAUUUCGUCUUCAUUCUUGAACUCGGGAAGACCUUGAUGUGAUUGAUGAAAUCCUCUCCACUGCCACCUGUGUGUUAUCCUUCAAAACUACCUUAUAAACCCAAGAGUUGUUACAUCCAAUUACUAAGCACAUCAGUGAAGGGCUAAUGAAAGCAACAGGGGCUUUUUGAUUGAUAUCUACAGAAAAGUGGGCAGAAGAAUGUAAUUGCUACUAUUGAUCAAAAAUAGUAACAAAAUUGAUAUUAAAAUUGAGUUGGGCUCAUCUUGUCAACAUAUCUUAGUUGAUAAGAGAUGUCAGGAAUAUAUACUAAAUAAAAGAGAGAUUUAUAUUAGUAAAUUAUUAUUUGCUCCAUGAGUGGCCACAGAGAACAAUAUCAACCA